AUGUCGACAUUCAGUGGCGAUGAAACAGCUCCCUUCUUCGGUUUCCUCGGCGCCGCAGCCGCACUCGUCUUCUCCUGUAUGGGAGCUGCUUACGGAACGGCAAAGAGUGGAGUCGGUGUGGCUUCAAUGGGAGUGAUGAGGCCCGAGCUGGUGAUGAAAUCGAUUGUCCCAGUUGUUAUGGCUGGAGUUUUGGGUAUCUACGGUUUGAUUAUUGCCGUUAUCAUCAGUACCGGAAUCAACCCAAAGGCUAAGUCUUACUACCUCUUCGAUGGAUACGCACACCUCUCCUCUGGUCUUGCUUGUGGUCUUGCUGGUCUUUCAGCUGGAAUGGCCAUUGGGAUUGUUGGCGAUGCCGGUGUCAGGGCAAAUGCACAGCAACCUAAGCUCUUUGUUGGGAUGAUUCUUAUCCUUAUCUUCGCAGAAGCGCUUGCUCUUUACGGGCUUAUUGUAGGAAUCAUCCUUUCCUCAAGAGCUGGACAGUCGAGAGCAGAAUGA